GCACAAGAGUGCAAACGAUGAAGAUUUCGAGCACAUUAAUCAGUUCUUCAAACGCGUUCUUGCGGAAGACAAGUGGUUGUGUAAUCUUACUCAGUCCAACCUCAACGCAGGCAUCUACGUCAACGGUCAAUUGCACUCAACCCAUGAGCAGGGUCCACUGUAUUUUCAGUCUCUGGUCAAGAAAGCGGUGAAGGACCACAAGCAACAGGAGCAGAAAUUGGGAGAGGAGAUAUGGCCUGCAAGGCAAAAGGUCAAUACGCCAGAGAUCUCGAAGGAGCUGCAGUUUUGUUCGGGCUUGGCCUGCGGGAAAGGGAAUCAGUCAAUCCUGAACUGGUAG